GCACCCUAAACCAUUAAAUUUGUGCAUCCAAAAUAUUAAAAGCCAUUCACAACCCUUUUAGAGGCAGACAAAGGACUCAGAAACCCAGAAAGGUCCCAGAUUCAGCAUUGGACUUGAGAAGUAUCCCCAGAAAAUAAUCCUCCUCCUCCUCCAACCUAGUAGAAGUAAAAAACAGACAUAAACUUGGGAAUUCAGAGACAUAGAAACCAAAUCAUAAAGAAAGAGAAGGAAGAAGAGAAGCAUAAUGGAGGGUUUUUAAUUUUUGUUUCUGAAUUGUUAACCUGAUAUAUAUGCAUAGCUUAUCCACUAUGUUGUUUCUGUAGGUAUGGAAAUAUGUUCAAGACUCAUGCAUUAGGGUCUCCUACCAUUGUAAGCAUGGAUCCAGAAGUGAACAAGAACAUCCUCUUGAAUGAAGCACAAGGCCUUAUUCCAGGGUACCCUGUGUCCAUGAGGAACAUCCUAGGGAAUAACAAUAUUGCUGCUGUUCAUGGUGCUUUUCACAAACGUAUUAGAGGUUCAUUGUUGUCUCUUGUUGGCCCACCUGCAAUUAAGGAUCAUCUUUUGACAAAAACUGACCAUUUUAUGACGUCCUUCCUUCACAAUUGGGCUGGUCAAACUAUAGAUAUUCAAGAAAAAACCAAACAGAUGGCAUUCUUUGUCUCCAUGAAGCAGAUUGUGGAUGAUGAACCAAAAUCUUUCCAUGAGGCAUUUAAAGCUACAUUUGACAACAUAUUGUUAGGAACGAUAUCCCUGCCAAUUAAGAUUCCAGGAACCAGUUACUACAUAGGACUUCAGGCGAGAGACAAAGUCAAUGCAAUUUUGAUGGAGCUUCUAGCCAAAAGAAGAGCUUUUGAUGCUCCUCAUGAUGACAUUCUUGACAAGCUUUUAAGAAGUGAGGACCUCAAGUACAAACUUAAUGAUGAAGAAAUAAUUGAUCAGAUCAUCACAAUCUUGUACUCGGGUUAUGAAACCGUGUCAACCACUACAAUGAUGGCUAUCAAAUAUCUCCAUGAUAAUCCAAAAGUUCUUCAAGAACUAAGAGAAGAACAUUUUGCAAUCCUGGAAAGGAAAAGAUCAGACCAACCACUAACUUGGGAUGACUAUAAGAAAAUGAGUUUGACUCGUGCAGUGAUUCUUGAAACCUCAAGAAUGGCCAGCAUUGUGAAUGGGGUACUGAGGAAGACCAAUACAGAUUUAGAACUGAAUGGAUUUAAAAUUCCAAAAGGAUGGAGAGUUUAUGUGUACACAAGGGAGAUAAACUAUGAUCCCUUCUUGUAUCCAGAGCCUUUCACUUUUAAUCCAUGGAGAUGGCUGGAGAGAAGUUUGGAAAGUCACCAUCACAACAUGUUGUUUGGGUCAGGACUUAGGAUAUGUCCAGGAAAAGAAUUGGGAAUUGUUAAAAUCUCUAUUUUCCUUCACCACUUUGUCACUAAAUUUAGGUGGGAAGAAGAGAACGGAAAUGAACUUCGCCAAUUUCCAAGAGUUGAAGCUCCAAAUGGACUCAACAUAACGGUCACAGCCUUCUAGAAAAUCAAAUAUUGAAGAAAAAAAACUUCUGGCAAGGAUCGAUAAAUUACAACAAAGACCUAAAUCAAAGUUUUUGUUUUUUUUUUAAAAGUUGUAUUUUGUGUAUGAGAAAGUCAAUGUAUUAGGUUUCAAGACCUAUGUUUGGCUGUUUAAAAUAUUAAA